UCUCUAAAGUGCAGAAAUGACCACCACUGUCCCCUUCUCUCUUCUGUCUCCUACACCCAUCAAAUGCUCCUCCUCCGUGUCCUCCUCCUCCUCCCCACCACCACCAUCCCACCUGCACCACCGCACCAUCAAUAUAGCAUCUUCAUCCUUUUCCAAAUCCAGUAACCACCACCUGUUGAAACACAAAGAACAACUCAACAUAAGCAGAAGAGAAGCCAUUGGAUUUGGGCUAUGUCUCAAGUUUCUGGAUGCCGUUGUAUCGCCUCAACCGGCCUCCGCUGCACCAGAAUCGACCACUGCUACACCAUGCGAGUUCACGGUGGCUGAUUCCGGCCUUGCCUUUUGCGAUAAACUUGUGGGAUAUGGCCCUCAGCCUGAAAAAGGUCAACUCAUCAAGGCACAUUAUGUAGGCAAACUUGAAAACGGAAAGGUGUUCGACAGCAGCUACAAUCGAGGGAAACCUCUUACGUUUCGUAUCGGCGUUGGUGAGGUGAUUAAGGGAUGGGAUCAAGGAAUUCUAGGCGGCGAUGGAGUUCCUCCUAUGCUUGCUGGAGGAAAACGGACGUUGAAGCUUCCCUCACAACUUGGAUAUGGCAUGCGAGGAGCUGGUUGUAAAGGAGGUUCUUGCAUCAUUCCACCGGAUUCAGUUCUCUUGUUUGACGUCGAGUUUAUUGGCAAGGCAUAAUUUUUAGUUUUUUUGCCCAAUUUCAUGUAACACUUAAUAUUUUUGCCAUUAUAGCCCAUAAAGAUCACAAUAUUGUUAUCAUUUAUCAAUGUAGCCAUUUUCAACUGCAAGAGACAAGUUUU